GUCUCUCUUGAUUGUUACUUUAAAAAAAUUGCUGGAGUAAACAAAGAAAUUUUAGACUGAGCGAGGCACAUCAGAACUACUUGGAUGCUUUUCUCUUUAAAUAAUGGACAACAACUGAAUCCAAAUAUUUAUUUUAAGUGGCACUUGCAUUGUCUUUUUGAUCACCAAAUGGAAAAUGGAACCAUGACUUCGUAUUUUUAUUUCACUUUGUUCAAAGACUUUGUUAACAUGAGAUAUCUUAUCCUAAUGUUGACACUUACAGUUUAUUUAGCAAUUAUAUUAUUUAAUGCUGUCAUUUUGUUUGUGGUGUUUAAAGAGAAAUCUCUUCAUGAGCCAAUGUACAUACUGAUAUCGUGUUUGUCUGUGAAUGAUCUCUAUGGUUCAGCUGGUUUCUUUCCAAGGUUAAUGUUUGAUCUCCUUGUUGAUACAAAUAUGAUUUCUAGGUCAGCGUGUUUUGUUCAGAUUUUUACAAUUUAUACUUAUGCAAUGUCUGAAUAUACAAUAUUAACUCUGAUGGCAUAUGACAGAUAUGUUGCCAUAUGCAACCCUUUAAAAUAUCAUAAAAUUAUGACCUCAAAAGCGACAACACUGUACAUGGCACUAGCAUCACUUUAUGCAGCGGUUUCUAUGGGUCUUAUCAUUUUGUUCUCAGCCAGGUUGCCUUUAUGUGGGACUGACAUUGCUCGACUGUACUGUUCCAACUGGUCUGUGGUUCGACUCUCUUGUGGGACUUCCACAUUGAGUAACAACAUCAUUGGAUUUUUUGUUACAACGACAACAGUUUUUCUUCCUGCCUUCUUCAUUCUUUAUACUUAUGUCAGAAUUUUGAUCAUUUGUCAAAAAAGCUCCAAAGAAUUUAGGGGCAAAGCAUUACAAACAUGUCUUCCUCACAUUAUGAGCUUUGUUAACUACUCUAUAGCAUCGUUUUGUGAUAUUGCUUUAAGCAGGUAUGAUUCAGACAAAUUGAAGAUUGUGGCUAUAAUUUUUUCAGUUGAAUUUCUGGUUAUCCCUCCUGUUUUCAAUCCCCUUAUUUAUGGCUUAAAUUUACCUGAAAUUCGCAAAAAUAUUGCAUCCUUGUUUCAGCGAUCAAAAGUUGGCCAUUUUCUGGAAUAA